GCUCUAUGUUCUGUAUUCGCUUCUAUCGCCAAUCUUCAUUCCUCAUCAAGGUCUUGACUGUUUUGUAAUAAUUUGUUCUUCGGGAAAUAAGACUAAAGUAUAGGAAAGAGCGAUGACAUUUUUAGAGUUAUUAUUUUUGCUUUUAGUUGGCUACUACUUCAUUUAUGUAAUUUUUUGGCUGAUUCUGGAUUGUAAUCUGGGACUAUGGUAUAAUUCAUAUUUCGGUUUACCCGUUUCGUCGAUGCGUGGACAAGUUGUGUGGGUGACGGGAGCUUCAAGCGGUAUUGGAAGAGCUCUGUCGCUUGUGUUUGCUAAAUAUGGAGUGCGACUAGUAAUUUCUGCUAGACGGGAAAACUUGCUCGAGUCAUUGAAAAAAGAUUGCCUGGAGCGAUCGAAUGGUUUGUUGUCUGAGCGCGAUGUUUUAAUAUUGCCGAUGGAUAUGUUAAUGGUGUCUGUUCAUGAAAAUUGCUUUGAGAGCGUUCUAAAGCACUUCGGGCGUUUGGAUGUGUUGGUUAAUAACGCGGGACGUUCCCAGCGCGCAAGCUGGGAAGAGAUAGCGGUUCAAGUUGACCGGGACCUUUUUGAGUUAGAUGUUUUUUCGGUUAUUAAUCUUUCACGAAUCGCUGUUCGUUACUUUUUAAAACAGGCUGGUGGACAUGGACAUAUUGUAGUAACAUCAAGCAUUGCUGGAUUCUGUGCCGUCCCAUUUUCGGCGACAUAUUGUGCUGCAAAGUCUGCCAUAAAUGCAUAUUUAAGUACUCUGCGAAUGGAGCACCGUAACAUUGAUGUCACCACAUUCUGUCCGGGCCCAGUUGCUACGGAUUUCCUUCAGGAAGCCUUUACUUCAGAACCAGAAAAAAAAUACGGGCGGAGCACAGCUAACCAAAAACGGAUGUCUGCAGAACGGUGCGGAGCUCUAUUUGCCGCAUCGAUUGCGAAUAAAUUGAACUUGGCUUGGUGUGGUUUGUUUCCGGUAAAUUUUUUGGCCUAUGCAUCGCGAUACCCGGGAUUAUCAAAACUUAUUUUCAAGUUAAUGGGCAAUAGCACAAUGAACAAAAUACGUGAAGGAAAGCUGUGAAUUUAAUCACAAUGAAUACUGAUAUACAUACAUAUGUAUAUACGUAACGUAACGUAAUAUUAAAUGGUUGUAAUAAAAAUGAUGCAGCAAUAAUAAAGUGCAGCGAUUAACAUAACCUCACAUUUGGAGGUAUUGCAUUUAAGUAAAUUAAAGAAGCAUUUGCAUAUUUCGUACUACAUUUUUUGACGCCUGUAUUCGCAAACUUAAAUUUUUAAAGAAAAAUUCGAAUAAAGAUUUAUCAUAAGUUAACUUGUUUUAUAUAAAAUAUUUGCCAUAUCUUAUUAAAAACGAUUGAAAUUUUGUUUAU